AUGCAUCCGAUUCUUGUUCCCAUAUUCUGGAAUCACCCGACUAUUCGGAACAACGCUGAGCCCGCAGAUUUAUGUGCGUUUUUCCUUUUUUUCCCAGACUUGAUGUUCUUAACUUUAUUGCUCUUCAAAACCGAAUCGUUUACCGAGCUCAACAUGAUGGAGAUGAUUGUGUCUUGUCAUGGUUGCGAAAGGAUUCAAGGAGUUCUUGUUGAAUUAGCGCGGGAAAGAGCACUGCCUGACCUGGAGCCUAUAGACAUUCCUAGUAGUGAAGGACCUCCAACUGCUAAAGAAAUCGACGCUACAGAAACAGAAAAUUCAAAAAGAGUUGAAGCAGCAUUUUCUGAUACUUCUAUGGGCUCACCUCCUGAGCAAAACCCGAGUUCUAUUCAUUUUGAAGUCGGAGAUGACGACGAAGAGGUAUGCGAUACGAAGAAAGAGUUCAGAAGUCAGGACAACAGUUCUAACAAUGCGCCAGCAAAAGGGCCAACGUUGAUCACCGCUUCUGAAGUUGCUAUCUCUGACGAUGUCCCAGCGCUGGUUGAAACUGCUCCCAGUCCACAGUAUAGUGAUGCUGAAGAAACCAAUGCGCAGGCUGGUGAGUGGGGCUGGGGUGUGGAAACCGCGGAAGGA